GAUUUGGAACAACAGUUUAUUCUUCGAUUGCCGCCGGGACCUGCCAUGGCUUUACAUCACGAUAUAGAAACUGGUUCUCUAAAUCUAAAAGAAAAAUUAAGUAUUGAAAUGCAGCCUGAUAUGAGACAUGCUAGAGUUCGUUAUGGUGGAGAUAUAUUCGCUUCGAAGUUAGUAGACUUACCAUGCAUCAUAGAUUCUUUAAAAACAGUUGAUAAAAAAACUUUCUAUAAAACGGCAGACAUCAGUAAGAUGUUGAUAUGUUCAGUUGAAGAUGAUUUUAGCCAAGAUGAAGCGGAUUCACCCAAGAAAAAAGACAAAGAUAAAAGAUAUAUUUAUAAUCAUGGAGUUACUCCUCCGCUGAAGAAUGUAAAAAAAAGAAGAUUCAGAAAAACUUUAAAGAAAAAGUGUUUAGAUCAGCCAGAAAUAGAGAAGGAAGUAAAGAGAUUAUUUCGUUACGAUGCCGAGGCUAUAGAUGUUAAAUGGGAGAUAAUUCGUGAUGAAACAGAA